UCAUGCCUCUAUCUGCGGCCGCAUGGCAGGUCAAUCCCCCUCACUCACCUACCUACAUGCCGACUUACCCUAGUACUUUGCUUGUACUGCAUGUAGCAACGCAAUUUUUUCUUAUUACAUACAUACUUUACCUGACCACGGAUGCUCCAUUUGCAUCUCGUGCCUAGUAUUGGCUGUGAUCCGAGGUCAGGUAGGGAGAGGCGAGUGCCAAUGGGUGCUUUUUGGGUUUUAUGCCCAAGACCUUUUCAUGUUUGUUAGUAGGCCAGGCAAUGGCAAAUAUUUAUUAACAAUCUCACCUCCCCCUGUCAUACUCAAUUAUCUCUAGCUUUUCUUGCCAUCAUCACCUUAGAACCUGUGCUUGCGAGGUCUCAUUUUGUACUAUAUCUUCAACAACUGUCACUGAUCAGCCAUUUCGUUUUCUGACAUCCGCAUUUGGAAAUCGUCGAAAUCGGCGAUUUGGGCUUGGUCUUACGAGGCAAUUUCACUCGAUUUACGGAGUACUGCCUCUCAAAGCUCAACGAUAUCUCUUCUGCCAUUGGUCCUCCGCCAACAAUACACAGGAGGGAAUCUUGGUGGUUUCCUGAUUCUCCAGUCCUUUGGGAGUUUCCUUCGUUUUGACUUUUGCCUUAGCCGUCUGAAACCUUUGGACUCGAACCAUUUUAUUCCGCUCUCGGCUGAGGCUGGAACGGCUUUACGCUUGGGGCCGUCGUCCCUUCAGCUACUUGACCUCGGGGUCCUUAUUUUCUAUUCCAUACCUAGGUAUGGUGUUUGCAUUGUGACGCUAAACAGCUCCAUACCCUCGCGUUCUGACCUAUAUUCAUUCAUUUGCCCGCACGUUAGUGCUGCUAUCCCUUUCCCUCACCCAAAGUCUUGAGUUCUCUACAGCCGUCAUAUUCCCGUUAGGACCAGGCUUAGCAGAGACCAAAUCCGGUUUCUUGGUGCGUGUGGUUGCGAGCUCGCCCACAUCCCUCACGGUUUCCAUCAGUACACAGCAGAAACACGGCUGACCACGGCCUCAUUCUACGGCCCUCUUCCUCCAAGUCUUUUGCUGCAUAUGGGCCUGUUUCCUUUGCUACCUCUCUUCAACCCGGAUAUUGUCGUGGGCUUGGCCGAGAUUCUCCCGCUUCCCCCGGCCGUUAGCCAACCUGCUAUUCUCACCCAAAGAAAGGCUUUAAUCGAUCUGAGUCGAUAGCGUCUUUUCAGACCGCUAGGAGCCCAUUGAGGCUACACGCCUUUGACUACACCAGCCUUCAUCCACUCCCCCCAUCGUCUAUCUGGUCAGUGGAACCGCCCGCAUUCCGUCUUACAGCCGACUCUCUGGAAGUAGUGGACUACCGGGCCCUUCCCGCUCUUUUCUUCCCUUCGGCCUGGCUGAUCCUGAUUCUCUUAUUGGACGCUACCGAAAGGGUUCUGCACUUGAGUGCCUGAGUAUAAGUUAGCUGUUGAUGCAACCGAUCUAAGCCGCCACUGAUCUUCCACUAAUAAGCUCGACACUGGCGUCUCUCUUUCCCAUCCAUCUAUGUUGAUGGUAGUUCUUCUUGACUAAACCAGAAAUAUUUCACAACAUUCAUGUCUCUGACAGCUGUUGAGACCGCCGCGGGAACAUCACAGCGGCUAAACGCGAUGCCACAGACCAUGCCGGAGGCCAUGCCACAUCCACACGCGACGACAAUAAUGAAAUGGGCACCGGACACACAUUAUCCUCCUCAGGGUCCAGUUCACUCUUACUAUGACCAACACCUUUAUUCCCCGACCGGCCAACUCAUCGUAGGGCCUGAUCAUCGUCGUCCUUCACAGCUGCAGCAGCAUCAACACCCUCGAACUGGCCAUGGUUACCAAUUGAAUGGGAUGCCAGGCUCUGUGCCUCAGAACCAACCUCAUCCUCCUCAUUCUCAUCCACAAUCGGGGCUAUAUGCUACUGACCACACAGCUGGACAGCAAGCCGGUCCUCCCCAAGCUCCAUCUGCCAUUCUUCAACGGAAUAGCGAAAUGCUGGACCACGCGCAGGGCCGCCAUCCAGUGUAUGCGCCGAGAUCGCACUCGGUGUCAGAGGAUCAACCGCCCACCUCUGUACAUGGUCAGCAUAGGCCAUCAAUUGACAUGUGUGCCGUGCCGCCCUUCACAGAGUAUCACUUCAAUCCGCCUGUUACAACCAAUGGUAGACCGCCUGAUUCGAAUAGUCCUAUGGUAUCCCCAACCGGACUGCGGCCUGAUCCUAUGAGGAUAGCCGACAUUCUUACUACUGGCGAGAGAAGUCGCAGUAGGACGAGCGUGGACAAUCGCUUAUCCGACAACCGCUUCAACCUCCAGAUACGACAACAACCGGUUGCGGCUCGAUCAUGUGGAUUUGGGGAGAGAGACCGGAGAGUUAUCGAUCCGCCGCCAAUCGUUCAGCUUCUCAUCAAAGACGACAGUCUCACGAAAGAAGAGAUAGCAAAGCAUCUGCGCUAUCCCCACUACGUGAUGAGCUGCUCUAUUUUCGAUGAAUCUGGGUCUUGUGAUGCCUCAUUCAUGCCUGAGGAGUAUCGGCAACAGCGCCGACUCAUGGGCUUAUUAGUCAGUGCCCCGUUUGUCGGCAAGGAUGAACAUGGCGAGGAGGGUUGCUUCUUCUGCUUUCCAGACUUAUCCUGCAGAACUCCUGGCUCAUUUCGCCUUCAUUUCACCUUAGUCAAAAUUGACCCAAUCCGUGCAAAAGAGGUGAAGCGCUUUCCGACUUUGGUCACCGCCCAGAGCGAAGUUUUCACUGUUUAUACAGCAAAGGACUUUCCUGGGAUGCAGGCCAGCACAAAGUUGACUAAGCGACUUAAAGAGCAAGGCUGUAUUAUUUCUAUCAAGAAGGGAAAUGACCGGUCCAAAAACACCAGGAGUCACGACGAUUCAAGCGAUGGAGAGCAAGAUGAGGGCGAGGCUACGUUGCAAGGAAAGCGGCGACGCCGUUCGGCACGACAGUGAACACGCAGCAUAUAAUAUACAGGGCGUUCAAUGUGUUUUCAAGGCAGGCAAGGUCUGGGUCAUAUACGAACACGGAUGGGACAACAUGGCGCUAUAUUGAUUGAUGAUGCUACCUGGGUGUUCAUAUACUGCGCUACAAGAUGAAAGCUGUUCUGAUGUGCUUAUUAUACCAUUGGUUUACCUUUGUUUCAGCAAAGCAUGCUUCAAUUAAAAGAGUUUCAGUAUAUAAGCUGAUGUUGAGAAAGAGCACUGUUCCCCUUAUCACAACUUGUAGAAUAAGGAGAACGGUUGUUCUUUCUCUCUUCUUGCAUGUUCCCUUGUUGUCGCUAAGUACCCUGAAUGCCCGUUACAAAUCGCGACUCUUCUUCAGAAUAGUCAUACGUAGCUCAACGGACCAGAUCACACUCGUCGUCCGCCGAGGCAUGAUAGUAAAGACGUCAAACC